UAAAAUGGUGCUGCGGUUAGUUGGUCUUUGGUCGAUACUUCUGCUGCUGCUGCUGCUGCUAGUGCUGCGACCCGAUCCGGCUGUCGGCGAUGACUUCCCGUCGCUUCUGUCCACGAACGCCUCCAUGGCGAUCAUCCUCGAUCGUGAGUAUCUCGGCGCCGACUACGAGAGGACGCUCGACGAGACGAAGAACAUCGUGGAGAAGCUGAUCCGGGAGCAUCUGAAGAAUGGGGGCCUGAUCGUGAAGUACUACUCCUGGACGAGCAUCAAUCUCAAGCGGGAUUUCUCCGCCGUCCUGUCGGUUUCGAGCUGCAAAAACACUUGGGACAUCUAUCAGGAGGCCGUGCGGGAGCGGCUGGUAAUGCUGAGCAUCACCGAUCCGGACUGUCCGCGGCUGCCCACCAACAACGCAAUCAUGAUCCCGCGCAGCGAUGGGUCCGGCAGCAACGCGUUCGACGAGGUGUCGCAGAUCAUACUCGACAUGAAGAGCUCGCGGGCGAUCGGUUGGCACACGGCCACCCUGCUGUACGAUCAGGUUUACGACGCGGAAAUUAGUCGCUGCAUACUGUCCCUGCUGGAGGACCGGGAGGGCAUCAAGCCGCUCACGCUGACCGAGUUCAAGAUCAACGCGCCGACCCACAGCUGGGAAAAGCGGAAGGAGAUCCGCCGGACGCUGCUCGGCAUACCGACAGCGUACACAGGCAGAAACUUCAUCGCCAUCGUCAACUUAGCGACGCUGACGCUGCUCAUGGAGAUAGCGAAGGACCUGAAGCUGGUGAACCCAUUCGCCCAGUGGCUCUACCUCAUACCGAACACCGAGAAAGCGAGCGGCAACUUUACAACCCAGUCCACCCUGAUCAACGAGGGUGACAAUGUCGCGUUUGUGUACAACAGUGGCAGCAAGGUGCAGAACUGCACGGUCAGCGUGCUGUGCUAUAUCGAGUCGUACCUGCUGCACUUCAUCCGCAGCCUGUCGAAGCUGAUCCGCGAGGAGCAGGUCGUGUUUGGGCAGAUAUCGGACGAGGAGUGGGAAAUCAUACGCCCGAGCAAGCAGGAGCGCAAAACGAAGUUCCUGCAAAUGAUAAAGGCUGCAAUCACAUCGAAGGAUGAGUGCAACAAGUGCUCCCAGUGGAAGAUCCAGUCGGCCGAAACGUGGGGUUACGUCUAUAGGACCGACUUUUUGACGGAUGGGGCCGACCUGCAGGAGCGCAGAAAGUACACCUUGCUGGACAUUGGCUACUGGUCGCCGCAGGAUGGUUUCAUGCUAACCGACGCACUGUUUCCCCACUCGCAGUACGGCUUCCGUGGUGUGCAGCUCAUCUUCUACAGCUACCAUAACCCACCGUGGCAGUUCGUGUCGUACAACGAUUCGGGCAGCCCUGUAAUCUCCAGCGGUGUCGUGUACGACAUCCUGAACGAGCUAUCGCGCAAGCUGAACUUCACCUACACGAUAGUGAUCUCACAGCCGGCGGAGAUUAAUGGAUCGCUGAUCGAAGGGAACACAUCUUCCGUGUACGAUUUGAAAACCAUCUCGUCCGAUAUUCCGCAAGAAAUUUUCAGCACCCUCGUCAACAACAAGAUCCUGCUAGCUGCCAUCGGUGCGACCGUGAACGAAAAGCAGAAGAAGUUUGUUAGCUUCACCGACCCGAUCAGCAUCCAGACGUACAGCUUCGUCAUAUCCCGUCCACGCGAGCUGAGUCGAGUGCUCCUGUUUCUGUCACCCUUUGGUUCGGACACAUGGCUAUGCUUAGCGGCAGCUGUCGCCCUCAUGGGACCCAUCCUAUGUGCGAUCAACAAGCUCAGCCCGUACUACGAGGUGCACAACAAACCGACCGAUACCGGACUGGGGAAGGUGAACAACUGCUUCUGGUACAUCUAUGGUGCGCUACUGCAGCAAGGAGGACUAUACCUACCGUAUGCGGACAGCGGACGAAUCAUUAUCGGAACCUGGUGGUUGGUCGUGCUGGUGAUAGUCACCACCUACUGUGGCAACCUGGUCGCUUUUCUAACCUUUCCCAAGAUUGAUAUCCCGGUCAAUCGGGUGAUGCAGCUGCUGCGCAACGACCGCGGCAUGACGUGGAGCAUUCGGCGCGGUACCUUCCUGGAGGAGAUGCUAAUGGACUCGACCGAACCGAAGUACAUGCAGCUGUACAAGGGCAGCCAGAUCAUUGGCGAGCUGACGGACGAGCUGGUCGAGCGGAUCGAGGCUGGCCAGCACGUGCACAUCGACUGGCGGAACAACCUGCGCUACCUGAUGAAGCGCCAGUUCCUGCGGACGGACCGGUGCGACUUUGCGCUCAGCACGGACGAGUUUCUGGACGAGCAGAUUGCGCUGGUGAUGCCGAAGGACAGCCCGUACCUGGAGCUGGUGAACGAGGAGAUCAAGCGGAUGCACCAGUUCGGGUUCAUUCAGCGCUGGGUCGCCCAGUACCUGCCGGCGAAGGACAAGUGCAGUGGGACGGGUCGGGUCAUGGACGUGCAGAACCACACGGUGAACAGUUCGGAUAUGGCCGGUUCGUACUGGAUCCUGCUGCUUGGCUUCGUGAGCGGGCUGUUCGUGUUUGUGUGCGAGUUUGCCGUCGCCUGGUACCGGAAGCAUCGGGCAGCGCGGGCGGCCACCGUCGCGUACCGUGACUAAGAUGCUGUGAAGAUGCCUGGGUGUGUGGGAGUGUUGGGGCAGUCACGCUCACAUCUGAAUCUUGGUGAAUCAGUAGUACUAUUAUUUUAUUUGAGGUAGUAACCAGUUAUGUUAACUAAUUACAGUACAAAAUUCCCAUCCCACAGUCUGGAUCUUUCGGAAGCGUACAAGCCUUUCGAGAAUCGGCUGAGUCAUUGGAACCAUUCGUAGACUCGUUCUAUACGGUUGAUCAUCACACUGGUGAUGAUACAAUAGGUGUAAAUGUUACAGUUUUGUUUAUACUAAAAUACGCAAAGCGUACAAACAUGCUUGUUGCUGUAAGAGAUCUUCUUUACAAACUGUUUUGGAAGGACCCAAAUUCGUAAGGACCUAAAGGCAUCUUUCGAGAUUUAUAAGUCGUUUAGGAUGCAUGAGGACACACAAUUUGAAAUUCAGAUUCAGUGGUGCAUUUGUAAUAUUGAUUCCAAAACAUGAAUCUGAAUCAGAAAUAAUCAACUCAAGAGCACUCAAUUUCCCGAAAGCUUUGAAACUGUACAUUUAACUGGAGGUUCAAAGAACAUUUGAACAAAAAUCAAAUAAUAAUUGUUUAUAUUCGAUAUUUCGAAGCACUCCCAGAUCAUUCUGAACCGUUCUGAAUGCUCUCAACAGCACCGGACCACUCCGACGACUCAAACUCCAAUGGUUGCGACGACUCCCAGCAACUCCCACGAGUCCAAACAAAAUUCCGAGCAACUGCAUAUCGCUUUGAGUUGGCACUGAAUCCUCGAGACUCUGAUCGACAGCUCGGGAUGACUUUUGAAGGGUCGCAGGUUCCACAGUAGCUCCGAGCGGCUCCCAAUCACACCGAACGGCUCUGGAUGCUUCUCCAGCGGACACCGAACAGUUUGAGCCUCCCAGGAUAGCACUUUCAGCGCUAUUCCGAACGAGUUCCAAGCUCCAAAGCCUACACUGGACGCACACCCACGCACGGCGGGAUACCAGGAACACCCACAAACACGCGAUGAGAGUUGUGUCAGAUGCAUAGGAUUGUAUUCAUUUAAAACAAAAACAAACAAUAAAGCGA